ACAAGAUCAAUAAAAACGCAAUAUGGAUCAAACCUCGGCACCUAACUGGGCUCCAGAAGACCCCCAGGAGGCCCCAGUUCGGCGCUCACGAACUGUCCGUCACUGCAGUAGCUCCUCCGAGGGGUUCCAGUCCCGCGAAGCCCCCGGUCGGUCGUUUGUUCCGAAAGGGCCUAGACGCGGCCAAAAAGACGAUGUGCAACAGUGCAACCCGCGGAAAGUGAGGUGCUUCUACUGCUGGCCUGCUGCAAACCAAAAGAUGACAGCUGCUGGUGCGGCGUGCCGGUGCCGCGGAGAGGAGGCGAAUAAGGCGAUAACGCACACACAUCCCGCUCUCAGGUCGUCUCUCCGUCCUUACAGGAAACGGGAGGGAGAAGGAGGCCAGGCUUAGGCUCACUCUUACUCUCACUCUCCAAUCUCACUCACCUACCUCAACUCUCUGUCUCCUCACUCCCCCACAUCUGCUCUCCUCACCCAUCCUUCAGUCGUCCAGAGAACGUUUCGCGGCUCGCCGUACGGAUACCUUCACAGGCUCACGCACACAACGAGGCGUGUGAGCGUGUGCCACUUACACGUCCAACGUCCAAUUGCAGACUGCAGCCAAUGUCCCUCCUGAUCGACCACAUCAAGGAAACCUGCCACCCCUCCUCGCCGCCGCAGUCCGUCAUCUCACAUUCUCGACCCCAAAGGACCCGGGAGGAUUCUCCCGUUGAGAGGAUGUGACCGUCUUGUUUUUUUUUUUUUUGCCCUCCCCUCUUCCAUCGGGCUGCCCGCGGUUUGCUCCCCAAAUUAAAUCUUCUGCCCAGUCGUCUUGGCCUCGCACCUCCCCGCUUCGAUCGCCAUUGCAUAACGGAGUAGAUCCAGUGUCAUGAUCUGAUCCGAUCAUGGCACCCACAUGAAGCGACCCAUCUCAUUACUCAGCUCUUAACCUAGCACUGGUCCCUUCUCAACCUCGCAUCGUGGCUUUUUUAGUUGUCCGUUUUUCUUCUGGUCCUCUUGGCUGCUCUGGGAGAGAUACCCGUGUCUCCAGCAUGGUCUACUGCGGUAAGCCGUCGAAAGGCUGUUCCAACUGUCGUGAGCGCAAGAUCAGGUGUGAUCAAAAGGAGCCCGGCUGUGGCCAGUGUGAGAAGCGACAGCAACAAUGUCCUGGCUACCGAAACCUCGUCGACCUCAUGUUCCGAGAUGAGAGUUCUCACGUCAUCAAAAAAGCUGCCAAAACGAAGGCAAGGGGUCGAUUAAAGAAUGCACAGGCCUCGAGUGCCGGAUCGUCCUCCGAAAAUGUAAUAGCAAGCACCGACCACGACAGCUCCGAUCCGAGUCCUCCUGGAACGGCCGUGAGACCCGGCGUUCGGCGCCAAUAUCCACCUCGUCCCAUGGAUACCACGAUGCAGAAUAUGACUAUUAGGCAUCGGCCACGGCAGAUCCAAUGGUCUUCCUCCUCCUCCGAUAGCGAGGACGACGAAGACGGGCCUUGGUCAAUGGCACCACGCGCAAGGCCUCUGUACUCUUUGUCGCCCUCAUACCAGGAACGUGGCACGGCCUUUUUCUUCUCUCGCUAUGUCUCCAUGGACGAAAAUGCCUGCCAUCAAAAUUAUGACUUCAUCUUUGAUGUCUGGCGCCCCGCCAGCAUGCUGCCCAGUCGACAGGCGGACGGCGUGAUGGCUAGUAUAGCUGCUGUGGGCUUGGCAGGCCUUUCGCACCUGACAAUGUGUGCAGAAAUGAUGGACUGGUCGCGUCGGAGCUACGGCGCUGCUCUCAAAAUGACAAAUGAUGCUCUAAGGGACCCAGUUGAAGCUGUCAAGGACACCACCAUGUUGUCCAUUCUUGUUUUGGGGACCUACGAAAUGUUAAGCGGUCGUACGAACCAGACAGUGAGGGCAUGGCAAAACCAUCUCAACGGUGCCUCUGCUCUGGCCAAGAUGCGAGGCCUUGGCCAGUUCGCAACUAGAGCGGGGGCACGAAUGUUCAUGAUGCUGACGCAGAUCGUCCUCAUCAACUGUAUGCAGAGAGACAUGCCCAUGCCGCAGUCUCUCAUCGACCUCCGGAACCAGCUGGGUAUGCUAUCGGGCGGAACUGACCCUGGCUGGCGAUUAUCUGGUCCCAUAUACAAGGUUAUGCAGCUGCGGUACGACAUUAACAGCGGAAAACUUAACCAGACGGCCGAUAUCAUCAACCAACUGUCCAACGUCGAUCAAGACUUCGCGGAUGUCAUUGCCGAUUUGCCUGAAACGUGGAGAUACAGAUCUGUGAGGCUUGCGACAUCACACCCAGCCGUUUUCGAUGGUCACCGCUGUGAUGUAUACGCCACGCUGGGGCUGGCUGCGACUUGGAACGGCGUCCGAUCGAUAAGAAUGAUGGUACACGAGACCAUCCUCGGGGAGCUUUUCAAAUGCUUUCAGGGUCAACACAUUAUGCUCUGGCCGUACGAAGCAAAAUUACAGCUGGCAAAGUCUGUCGAAUUGUUGGAGAAACUUUGCGAAACUGUGUUGGCCAGCAUUCCUCAACAUUUCGGCGUUGUCAAUUUUAGAGACGCUCUGUUUGGAGGAGGCGGCGGCGGCUCACCGUCAGCCAUUGUACCAGUAACGAAGUCUCCGUCUCGAAUUGUGCGAUCCCCUUCGAUUUCUGCAUCGUCGUCUUCGCCGUCGUCCGUGGCUGAAACGCCGCCCAGCCCGAGGUCUUUCAAUGGCCCAACUCUGCAAGACCCAACCUACGCGAAGGGCCGCAGCAACGAUGCCGAGCGGUUCAUGACCCUUGCCUCCGCAAGCAAUACGAUUGUGUGGCCGUUGUACUUGGUUGGAGUUUCAUCGUGUUGUACGCAAGAAGUCAAAGACUUUGUCGUCGACCGACUGAAAGCGAUACUCGAAGAGUCGGGGUUGAUGCAGGCUCAUGGAGUGGCACUCAUGGUUCGGGACAAGGAGGUGUAUAUUCCGUGGUCUGAUGUAUCCUGGAAUCGGAUGCCACAGACACAUAUACCGUCCGACUUGAUCGUAUAGAGCUGGAGAGCUUAGUGAGGCGUGGCUCAAGCGCUUGCUGCCUUUGUAUCAAUAGACAUAUACAUAGAUGGUGCGCAGAUGAUCCCAAGAGCUUUGGAUGCGCGUUAUGAUGGUCAAAAGGGGUAUCAUGUCUUUUCUUCGUCCCGUAGCCUUUAAACUAUAUCAGCGUCAACUCGGCCACGAUGUCUCACCAGUUAUCGAAAUUGCCGAAUCCGCCACUUUUAAACUUCUUCUUGGCCGGUUCUUCCCAAGUAUCCAGGUCGGUCGUCCCCCUAUCUGUAGCAGCGGAGCCCUGCGACUUCAGAUAUUUGCCCACGCCAGCACCGGCACUCCCACUGUCCACGGUACCGUCGGCUCGGAUCCGCUUGCCCGUCCACGUUGUCUUGUCGUCUUCGGUACCUCCACUCAAGGCUAUUGCCUGCCUCUUCUUCUCCAGGUUCUCAAUCUCACUCUUUUCCUUGAGGAACUCCUGAAACGGAUCCAGAUAGACCACGACGUCUUUCAUGACAAUCUUGUUGAGAGGUCUGUCGGAUCCGUCAGUGGGAACGUCUUCCAUCUUGGAAAGCACGUCGAGCCCACCAACAACCUUGCCAAAUACAGUAUGCUUGUUGUCCAGGUGCUUCGUUGGCCGAUAGAUGAUAAAGAACUGGCUUGAGUUGGUAUUCUUACCUUUGUUUGCCAUGCUAAGAACGCCGCGAGCAUCAUGCGUCAAAGGCCCGUCGAACUCGUCUUCGAAGUUUUUUCCCCAGAUGCUGGUGCCGCCCUUGCCUGUGCCUGAAGGAUCGCCUCCUUGGAGCAUGAAGUUUCUGAUGUUUCGGUGGAAGGUGACACCCUUAUAAUAGCCCUUCUGGGCCAGCCUCGUAAAGUUCCAUACCGCGCGAGGUGCGUAUUCCGGAUACAGUUCGAUAUUGAGGUCGCCCAAGUUUGUCUCUAUGCGGACAUAUCCUUUGAUCUUGACCCGUUUCGGCUUGAGCAUGUACUCUUCAUCAGUUAAGAGUGCCCUCUCGCCACUCGUCUCGGGCGUGAGGCCUGUGCUGGUAAAACUGGCGGCAGCUCUGCCGUUGGUGUAGACUGCAGCAUUUGACGGGAUCUUCUUCUCCGCUACCAUGGAUUUCCUUUGUGCUGCAGAUGUCGCCUUCACAACGGCACCUGAAGAGCGAUUGACGUCGGCACCUCCAUCGCGUUCCUUCCUCGCUUUCUCGACAGCCUCCUUUGCGCGCAGAACCUUGUCACCAAUCCUGCCCAGCGCAUCGAUGUUGACGUUGCCAUUCUUCCGCUCUUCCUCUUGCUCUUUGCUCAGGAUAGCAUCUUCGCCAUCCUUGAGGUAUUUGAACUGGCUCAAGUCUCUGCUAGCAGCGUUCUGGGGGUCCUGCAAGGUAAUAAUAUCCGCUCUUGUGAACUUUUCGUCGUCAACAAGAUCCUGCCAGUUCUUCGCCUUGAUAUUCAUUCGUUCGACGGUCUCCCAGGCAAAGACGUUUGCAUAUGUUCCAUGUCGAAUCGCAACGAUGUGAGUGUUAUCAGUGAAGACCUUGAAGGUGACGGGAUCGAUCAGAUCGCCUUGGCCAUCGCUUAAGCCUGCGCUCCUUGAAUCGGUUUCGGCGUUCCUUGAGAAGUUGAGCUUGAUCAGGUCUUUGGCGUUCAAUGGCUCGCCAUUGACAGGAUUUGUGUUGUGUUUAUCCAACCACGAGCUGAUGAUUUCGACGUCGAAGAUGGUACCAUCCUUGGUGCAGACUGGAUUCUUGAAGGGCUGCAGGCUGGCGGCACAAAAGUUGAAGGGCAAACGGCGAAAGGAGCCUCGCGACCGUGAGUUGACAUUAGCGCCGGCGCUGGCAGAGUAGGCAUCCGAUGAUGACCACUCAGAAUGGGUGAUGUAGAGCUUGUCUGUGUUUUUUCCCAUUGUCGCCGUUAAUGGGAGUCGGUCCUUAGGCGCUGUUGAAUGAGGCUGACAGAUUUAUGAUGGCGGAGCCGCGAUGUGAAAGACGUGGUUGUUUCGUCGUAGCCACGCCAUACAAUAAUUGCAGAAGUUGAAUCUGAGCCAGGAAACGCGAUCGGAAUCUUCACCAGGUAGUAAUCAUGCAGGAGGG